AUGAAUGAUGUGCCUACGAGAUUGCCUCAGAGCUUGUAUACAUGUGGAACGCUCGUGGCUCUGAAACUACAAAACGUGUCUCUUGCGGAUGUUCGGUUCCCGGUAUGUUUUCAGCUGCUCAAAACGUUGCACCUGGAUUUGGUGAUCUUCCUGGACGAUGAAUCUCCUAAAAAGCUUUUGUCAAGCUGUCCUGUUCUUGAAGUCUUGGAUUUGAAUCGACCCGAAGAUGACUACGUGGACACAUUCUCUGUUACGGUGCCUUCGUUGCAAAGGUUUAUCUAUCGUGCAGUAGAAGGUGGUGAUGAGCUUGUGAUGAACACACCUUCUUUGAAGUACUUUCGUUCAAAAGAUUUUGGGUUGAGGUGUGUGAUUGAGCAGAUGCCUGAGAUCGUUGAAGCACAUGUCGAGGCUAUAUGUUCCACUGAUGAUAUCCUCAGAUCUCUUGCACCAGUCAAACGUCUCUUGUUAUGUUUGUCCUUAGAGUCUCCGUUUCCUAGCGGUUGUGUCUUCCAUAAGCUUGUACACUUGGAGUUUUGCACAUGUGAAAUAGAGUGGUUUCUACUAAUGUCUAUGCUCCAACAUUCCCCGAAACUUCGAUCUCUCAAGCUUAACAAGAUCCAUGAAAAAGGUGGGGAAUAUCAUCCUAUUCACUGGAUUGAACCAAGCUCUGUUCCUGAAACGCUGGCGUUGGUUCUUGAGACUUUUGAGUGGAGAAACUACAGAGGAUGGAAGGUAGAGAGACAACUCGCAGCUUUUAUCUUGAAGCAUUCGAGGCGUCUAAAGAUUGCCACCUUUUCUCCACCGGCCAACACAGUCAUGAGAGUUGGACUUCGUACCACACUAAAACGGAAAUAUGGUAUGAUCAGGGAAUUGGCGCGUUUGCCGAGGGGUUCAACAGAAUGUGAGCUUGUGUUUGGCUAA